CUCACAGCUUAUUAAACCACUUCAAAAAAGGCAAGCCUUGACAUUUUUAAAAACACUUCCGGAAAUUUGAUAUAUAAAAUUUAUACAAAUUAAGGAAAUUUCACAAGACGUGACUACGGGAACCCAAGUAGAACCAUGAUGCAGCCGGCUGAGCAAAUCUUUUCUUGUGGCUUCGAGAUCUUCGGGCGGGUUCAGGGUGUUUGCCUGCGCAAGCAGACCCGGGACUUAGCCACCCUGAAUCAGGUGCGCGGAUGGGUGAUGAACACGGACGAGGGCACGGUCAAGGGGCAGCUGGAGGGCACCCUGCCCAAGGUCAACGAGCUCAAGUUCUGGCUAUUGAAUUUCGGCAGUCCACGGGCGAUUAUCGAACGGGCGGAGUUCACGCCCACCAAGGAGAUCACAUCGCACACCUUCAGUAGCUUCUCGAUUCGCUACCACCACGUUCCCGCCCCCAAAAUGGCCAUUUGAAACGGAUGACAUAUGUCUAGUGCAAAAUUGUAACUGUGCUGUUUGUUGUUACUGUUUGUUUCGGCCUUUAAAUCGAGCUGCCAAUAGACCCGAGCUGUGCCUCUGCGAACAUCAUUUAUAAACCUCAAAAGUGAAAAACAGGCUGGCUGCCAGCCACUAAUUAAGCCGCACAAAGAAAUGCUCAACGCAAUUACAUUGGGGCUGGCACAUCCACUAUGUAUUUAGAUGUAUAUAUAUAUGUAUUAACAAAAGUAUAUACGAGCAUGUGAGAU